CCGGAAACCUGACAGAAACUCACACAUCAUAGACCUCCCAAAACAACAUGACUGUAAGGAAGAGGAGGAUCUGGAUGAGCAGCAGGUCUGUAACCAGGAGAGGAACUCCAGUCUGGACCAAGAGGACCCAGACACUCCACAGAUUAAAGAGGAAAAGGAGGAACUCGGCAGCAGUCAGAAGGGAGAGAAGCUUGGGCUGAAGCAGGAGGCCGAAGGCAUUAUUGUCUGGACUGAUAAAAAGCAGCUCAGACUGCUGGAGACCAUCUGGAAACCUGUGAUAAAGUUACACAGAAUAGAUGUCCUACAGCAGCAUGCUUUUGAGGAAGAGGUGGUUCUUACAGACCAGCACGUCUUUAACCAGGAGAGGAACUCCAGUCUGGACCAGGAGAAACCAGAGAAUCCACAGAUUAAAGAGGAACAGGAGGAACUCUGCAGCAGUCAGAAGGGAGAGCAGCUUGGACUGAAGCAGGAGGCUGAUACCUUCAUGGUGACACCCGCUUAUGAGGAAAGUGCCUACAGUAAACCAGAACCAAACAGUGAGCAGCUCCUUUCUCACAGCUCUCCUGAAGCAGAGACCCGAGAUAAUGAAGAAAGUCAGCAUGUGGACUCAGGAACUACUAGAAAUACAGAGCUGAAUAAGAGACGUCACAGUCAGAGAGUAGACAACCUACCUGUGUCAUCGAGUAACUGUAGAACGGACACAAAGAACAAGUCUGUACAAUGUGAGGUGUGUGGAAAAACUUUACAGGAUAAAUACAAUAUGAUUACACAUCUAAGAGUUCACACAGGUGAAAAGCCGUAUUCCUGUAGCACCUGUGGGAAAAGAUUUGCUGACUUAUCAACAUUCAAAAAACACAAGAGAAUUCACAAAGGUGAGAAGCCAUAUUCUUGUGACACCUGUGGGAAAACAUUUGCUACUUCAUCAGAAGUCAAAAAACACAUGAAAAGUCACACAGGUGAGAAGCCGUACCCUUGUAGCACCUGUGAGAAAAGAUUUGCUACCUCAUCGAAGGUCAAAAGACACAUGAGAAUUCACACAGGUGAAAAGCCGUAUUCUUGUAGCACCUGUGAGAAAAGAUUUGCUACCUCAUCAAAGGUCAAAAGACACAUGAGAAUUCACACAGGUGAGAAACCAUAUCCUUGUAGCACCUGUGGGAAAAGUUUUGCAACCUCAUCAGCAUUCAAAACACACACGAGAAUUCACACAGGUGAGAAGCCGUAUCCUUGUUGCGCCUGUGAGAAAAGAUUUACUCAAUCAACAACAUUAAAAACACACAUGAGAAUUCACACAGGUGAAAAACCGUAUCCUUGUAGCACCUGUGGGAAAAGUUUUGCUGACUUAUCAACAUUCAAAAAGCACAUGAGAAUUCACACAGGUGAAAAACCAUACUCUUGUAGCACCUGUGAGAAAAGAUUUGCUACCUCAUCAAAGGUCAAAAGACACAUGAGAAUUCACACAGGUGAAAAACCGUAUCCUUGUAGCACCUGUGGGAAAAGUUUUGCUGACUUAUCAACGUUCAAAAAGCACAUGAGAAUUCACACAGGUGAAAAACCAUACUCUUGUAGCACCUGUGAGAAAAGAUUUGCUACCUCAUCAAAGGUCAAAAGACACAUGAGAAUUCACACAGGUGAAAAACCGUAUCCUUGUAGCACCUGA